AUGCCUAGUUUGCUUGCCUCCGCCGGCCAUAAAUACACGGAAGCCAGCUACAACAUCGAUCGCCACACACAUCCAUCCAUCCCUCUCCAUCGAUCAAGAAAUAAACAAGGUUCGGCCAACUUACUUGCUAGCUCACCAACGGCCUCCUCGUCGUCCUAUUUCCUGCUUGCGGCGGUGGCAUUGGCAGCACUGUUUGCCGUUGGCUUGUGUGGCACUGAGCUCACCCUCACGAUUGGUAAGGACUCUAGCUCCACCAAACUAUCCCUCAUCACCAACGUCGCCAUCUCCGAGGUGUCGGUCAAGCCGAAGGGUGCCACAGACUUUUCAGAUGACCUCAAGGAGUCGCCAGCCAACACCUUUACCCUCGACAGCAAGGAGCCGAUCAAGGGACCUAUCUCCUUCCGCUUCGCUGCGAAGGCUGGUGGCUACCGUGUUGUCGAUGAUGUCAUCCCUGCUGACUUUAUGGCCGGCAUAGUUUACAAGACCGGCGAACAAGUCUGA